GCGCAAAAUUUGAAACCCCCGACCGGCCGGCGGCCGACGAACCAUCCCCACCGCCCCCCGCCCCCCUACCGAAGAGCUCGGAAGAGCCGGAAGCAGGAGCGGAAGGAUGGAAGACAGCGACGAGACCGUGGCGCCGGAGGAGGCGGCGCUGGUGCUGAGCCCGCAGGUCUUCGUCGACGAGGUCCUCGACAUCGUCGGUGAUGUCGGCGACGGGGCCUUCGAGUACUGCCUCCAGGAAGUCGCCGCCCCGGGGGUCCUAGGCGCCGCGAAGGCGGCCCAGAAGGCCGCGGAGCUCGAGCGGGGAUUAAAUGCCAUUCACCAUGUUGUAAUGAAUGUACUGGAUAAGAGAAUGACCAACUGGGAGAAAUAUUGCAUUCAACACUGCUUCACUGUACCUGAAGGUUUUGUGGUGCCUGAAGAUGAUAAUUCUUGUGCAAAAGAGUCACACAAAGAUGGGACUUCUGAUUCAGAAUUGGAUGUUGAACUUGAUUCCUUAAGGAGAAAACUUGAAAGUGCUAAUAAGGAAUCUGAAAAUCUUCGGAGAGAGAUGUCCUCAUUGGAAAGGCAAACUGCGUGCAAAAGAAAACUUGAUUCCUCUAUUGCUGAGAUACAGAAGUUGUUUGAAGACAAAUUUGUGCAGAAAAAUUUUGAAGAUCUUGCGAAGGCAAUACCGAUAUUGCAGCAGAAACUAAUGGGAAUGAACAAGAAAAUGACUGAUACUGGGAACUUGGUAGAUCAACAGGUUUGGAACAUGAACGGUCUGAGAGACAAGUGUCAAGCAUUGGAUAAGGGUUUUACUGCACCCACCGAAGACAUUCAAGAGAUCAUCAAUAUCUUACAGGAGUAGCUUGCAGUGUUGUGCAGCCUGCUCCAUUUCAGGAUGACAACUAUUGGUCGUAUUACAGUAUCAACUUCGCUUUAAUUUUGUCUAGCACUCUAGCUGCCUUCUCACUAGCUGUCUGUGUGAUGUGACAAUGAACUGCGUUUUGGUAGUGGGGGGUUCCUUGGCCAUGUUCUGAAGAAGUUAGGGAAGUUAUGCUCAGUAAUGUUCUGUCGAUGUGGUGAUGGGAUAUUUUAGUCAGCUAUACUCAUUUGAGACAUGGAGUACGUUUUGAGAUCAAUCCAAGUACCUUUCUUC